AUGGUUAGAGACAGCAGUCCUCCACCUCCAUUUCGCAUUGUACCGCCGUAUUUCAAAUCUAUACGUACUACCACAGAAACACCGACUACAAUAAUGUACAAUGGCUAUGUGGCACCCCUUGAACCAGCUCCUUCAAUCGUCUCAUCGCCUAAAUUCAUUCUUCAGUUUCCUGAUACUGGAGUCAAAUAUCAAAUAUUUAAUAAAGAUGAUACGUUUGUUUUAAAACAUGUGACAUUAGAAAAGAAACAAGACUUGUUUCGUAAUGGUGAACUUGGAUAUGUAAAUAAAAUGUUUCCAAUCGAUUUGAUCUUUGCCAACAAUGCACAUAGUCAUAAUCAUUAUAAACCAGAAUCAUAUGUGAUGUUUAAUUCUAAAACUCAUCCAAUUUACAUUGAAUAUUUAAUUUCACAUACAAAAAUAGCAGGAAGAGGUAUAGCUAAACGUCUUACACAGAUCAUUGAACAUCUCGCAUGGGAAAAACGUUUACCAGCUGUAUUUUUAUCAUCGGUUCCAGCCGCAAUUCCAUUUUAUGAAAAAAUGAAUUAUCGUCUAUCACUAGGCGAAGGUCACACAUACUGGAAAAUUAAUCCCAAUUUUUCUUCUAAGGAUAAAGAAAUAAUUGACCAUCUACUUGCAUUGAAACCUGCUCAAUUACCUGAUAAGUUAGCCAUAAAUAACACUGCAACAAACCUACAAGAACGCUAUGAUGAUCUUGUCAAUUUUUUUUCUUGGAUAUAUAAUAAUCGUGAGGAAUUUAGAAAACUAUUUAUCGUACCAGCUGAUGCUACUGAACUGACUCCGGAACAACGUCUCUGGCCCGAUCGUAUGCUAGAGUUCUAUGAAACUUAUUUGGACAAUCUAAACAAACUACCAGAAAAUCUUCCUCAUCAAAGAAAAUUAUCGGCGUCAGUUGAAAACAAAAAUCAACAACCGCGCCUCAGAAACAAAGCGAGUUAA